ACUUGUGAGUAGUGACCAUCCAAUCAAAGAAGACAUCCUUCGGUUGUACUUUGAACAAUUUACCGAUGACAUUGAUAUUUGUAGAUGUGGAAAUAGUCAAUGGAUUCUCAAGCUAACCAGCCAGUCAGAUUUGGAGAAUGUCCUGGCCAAGAAGGAUCAUGACCUGGAGGGUUGCUUGAUGUCCGUACAGCUAUACGAUGAGAAAAAGGCAGAGGAGAGGCUUGAUCCCCGCAGGUUCAUCCUGAGUGGCUUCAGUGAGGAUUGCAAGUGCAGCCACCUCUCCCUCUUCAUCAAGAGCUGCAGCAAAGGGGCUGAGCAUUCCUGGGAGGUCCUGAAUGACGGAGAGAGAAUUGCAGUUACCUUCAAACAGGAUAUAGAUGUUUUGGCGUUUUUGAAGAAAUGCUCCUCAAAAAGACUUCAGAACUUGCAUAUCUCCGCCAGUCGUCUGGAGUACACAGACACUGUGCUGGUGGAAGGAAAUAUGGAGAACAUCUCAGAAGAGGUGCUCAGGGCAUAUUUUUCCAGCAGAAGUAAAGGAGGGCAAGUCAAAUGCAUGAAUUUGGACAAUAAACCAAAGAGUGUGCUUAUAGAAUUUGACGAUUUUCAUGUUGCAAACAGAGUGGCCGAAGAGAAACACAAUAUUUGUGGAGUCAACCUGUGUGCUUUGUUGUACUACUCCAGUCUGCAGCAAGCCUUAACAGGAGAGAAACCCUCUACACCACCCUCCCCUCAUGAAUUCUGCAUUCCUGUGGAUGCUUUGUUCCUUGAAUACAUCCAAAAUGAUGAGGUGUGCAAAGAAGACUUUGAGAGCACACUAAAAGAGUUCAACACCAGCAUCUCCUUUAAGACUGACCCGGAGAUCCCUCAGGUAGUUUUGGAGAUGGCAGUGGACAGAGAGUCCCUGUUGCUACACCGUCUGGCCCAUACCUGGGAGAGAAAGACGAAGCAAGCAGCUGAGGCAUUGCUGGAGAAAUAUAGCACAGUCAUGUUGAUGUCAACUGAAGAGGUCUGGGAUAGAGUGAAGGACAAAUGCCUCAGUCUAAAUCUCAAAACUUCCAGAGUCACAUUUGAGAGCACUAAAAACUCUGUUGUGGUGGUGGGGCAACAGAACAAAGUGAAGAAGCUUCAAGGUGAAAUCCAACUCCUGUUGAACAAAGCGAAAGAAGAACUGGAUGUUGAAAAAAACACUGUGGAAAGGAAAAUCCCUGUAGACAGUAAGGAAGAACUGGAUUUUGUGUGGAACUUGGUGUCUGUAAAACUUCAAGGAGAGGUUCAACAUCAGAAAGAUGAAGUAAACUUGACAUUUCAUCUCAAGGGUCUCAGAGACAAGGUGAAUGCAGCAGAGGGAAUCAUCAAGAACACAAAAGAUAAUUUAUCCAUCCAAUCUUUGCAUCUGUCACCCAACCUGACAAUGUUUUUGCAGUCCCUGGACCUGAAAAGAUUUGAGCGUGAUCACUUUACUCACAUUUCUGCUACAGUCUUCUCCUUUGGAGAUUCAAUCCAGAUUCUUUCUGAGAAGCAAGAUGUUGAGAAAGCCAGAGAUAAAAUAAAGCAGAUACUAACAGAAGAUGUCAUCAACCUCACUUCUGAUCAAAGAAAAGUCACCCAGGAAGAACACUGGUAUGUUUUCUACCAUGGUAUAAUACAAGAGGUAGAAUCCAGCAAUAAUACACGGAACAUCAAGAUUUCACAUUCUGGUGUGCAGAUUGCAGUGUGUGGGUUCCAAAACGUGGUUACAGAUGUUGCUAGGAAACUGAGAGGAUAUCUAAAUAACAAAAUGCCAGUGACAGAAGACAUCCAGCUGAACGCACUGAGACAGGUUGAAUACAUUGAUGCUUGCAUGAAGCUGUCUGAGGCCCCUGAAAUGAAAGCCCUGGAUGUCACCAUUAUGUCGUCAAGGACACAGGCGUCCCCUUGCCUGAAGGUCACCGCUGCCAGUGACAACAUCAAGGAGGCUGUGGCAGCUGUGAAGAGGCAAAUUUCAAACAUUGUGCACUCCAAUACUGGGGAGUCAAAAGUGUUGGAGAAACAUCAAGAUGCUCUCAAGGCCAAGGUCCUUGCCUGUAAGCUUUAUCUGACUGUUGAGCAAGCCAGUCAGACAAGCUCUCACUUGUCGUGGACAUUUAAAAUAGGAUACUUCCUGACUUUAACCAUAGCCCAGGGUGAACUAUCCAAGCAAUCAGCUGAGGCUGUCAUUUGCCCAUUGAGUGGAAACAUGUCAUUUGAUAAUCCGGUUGCCAAGGAAAUUGUACAGUUUGGGGGGUCUCAGGUAAAAGAUGUUGUUGAUAAGCUCUUGAAGAAGCGCCAUGUUUUGGUCGCUGGGGACAUAGUUGCAGGUAACCCAGGAAAACUUUCUGCCAAGGCCCUCAUCUAUGCUAUAGUACCCACAUGGCAUACCAACAGAUUCAACAUGUUAUUGGAGACAUGGUACUUGGCAUCAGCUUUCCAAAAGAGCCUCCAGAAUGCAGAGAGCAAGCACUGUGUCUCCAUAGUCAUGCCGGCUCUGGGGUGUGGCACUUUUGGCUUCACUGUCAGAGAAAGCUGUGAAGUCAUUGAGACGGAACUGACAGAGUUCUGCAACAGUCAUUGUGACACCCCUCCACACCUGAGGGAAAUAUUCAUUGUUGACUCUGAUGCCAAGACUGUAGAGGAAUUUCACAUUGUCCUGAAGGAAAAGGGUUAUAAAAGUACAGAUUCAACAGACACAAUGUUAUCUGUUCGUCCUGCAAAAACAUCAAAGCAAGCCACUGCUCCACCUCCUCGAUUACCUAAACCUGGAUCAGACCGUAUAGUGGAUAUUGGUGGCAUUAAAGUAAUUCUGAAGAAAGGAGACAUUACCAAAGAGGCUGUGGAUGCCAUUGUGAAUUCCAACAAUAAAAGUCUGAAUCUAGACACUGGUGUCUCUGGAGCCAUUCUGAAAGAAGCAGGAAAAUCUGUUCAAGAUGAAUGCGCCAGACUGAGUACCCAAAACGAAGAUGGGGUGGUUGUCACAGGAGGAGGGAACUUGAAAUGUAAGCACAUCAUUCAGAUGGUGGGGCCGACCACCACAGCUGGCAUCACCACCUCCACGGAGAGGGUCCUGCAGCUCUGUGAGAGCAAGAACACCACAGCCGUGUCCUUUCCAGCCAUCGGGACGGGAAGGGGCCACAUUAAGCCCGAAGAGUCCAUCAAGGCCAUUCUCAAGGGGCUGCAGAACUAUUUGUCUCAGACCACUUCCACAACCAUCAAAUUCAUAUUCAUAGUCACCUUUAAGCGGAAGGUCUUUGACUCCUUUCGCCAUUACUUUGAAGAGAGGAACCAGCAGUCUCUGCAGAGAAAGGAGGCAGUCACUGGGUUCCACUUGCCAAGUAUUCAGUCCAGGUCAAUGCAGCUCCCAGCCAAUCAAGUUAAGAUCCAUGGUAUCAGAAUAGAAGUGAAGAAAGGUGACAUCACCACAGAAACUGUCAGAGGGAUCGUCAACACAACCAACAAUGAGCUGAACCUGAAAGGAGGAGUUUCAGGAGCUAUAUUCAGAGCAGCAGGAAGCUUGGUUGAGGAGGAGUGCAAAACAUUUGGGCCCCAGCAGGAUGAUGGCGUGGUGGUGACGAGUGGUGGGGCGCUACAGUGUGACUUUAUCAUUCACAUGGUGGGACCCCGCUCCUCAGCUGCUGCAACCUCACAGGUGGAGAAGGUUCUGGAACAGUGCGAGAAAAACAACAUAACCACCGUCUCCUUCCCUGCUAUUGGCACAGGUGGGGGAAAGCUGAGUGCUGCAGAUGUCAUUGAUGCCAUGCUUCAAGGAUUCCACAAUCAUUUAUCGCAGCACAUCUCCACUGUUCUCAAGCUGAUGUACAUUGUUGUCUUUGAAGACAAAAUCCUCCAGGAGUUUCUGCAGGGACUGAAGCAGUGGUCAAGACCUUGGCUGGUGUUAGGGAAAAAUGCCCCUUUUAACAUUUCACAGGAGAAGCUGAGACAUUAUCGUCAAAGGCUGUCUGUCUGCUGGGAGAGAGACAGAGAAAGACUCCUCGAUAGUUCUGAUAAAGAUGAUGAAGAUGUGGAGGAUGACAAGGAGUUGAGUACUACAUCUGAAUUGGAUACUGAGGAUGUGGAUGAAGAUGACAAUGAAGGAAGCAUUGAGAUAAUCAUGGGACCAAUAAAAGUCAAAGCCCUCUGUGGUGACAUCACCCAGGAGACAACAAAUGUAAUUGUGAGCAGCACCAACACCAGCCUUGAUUUGAGCUCAGGUGUGUCUGGGGCCAUUCUCAAAGCAGCUGGACAGACAGUACUGGAUGAGUGCAGAGCUCUAGGGACACAGCCAAAAGAUGAAGUUGUGAUAACCAAACCUGGCAAUCUGAAAUGCAAGCACAUCAUCCAUAUGGUCGGGCAGACUAAGGAGAGAGACAUCACCAAUUCCAUGUGCAAAGUUUUAGAAAUUUGCGACCGCAUCAAAGCCCAGUCCGUCGCCUUCCCAGCUCUGGGGACAGGAGCUGCAAAUUUGACUCCAUCUCAGGUGGCCAAUGCCAUGAUUGAUGCCAUCAGCUACUUUAUAUUGGACAAGCCAAAAUCUUCCAUCACCGCGGUUAACAUCGUCAUAUUCCAGCCAAAGAUGAUCUCUGACUUUGGACAAGUCAUGAAGAAGUUCAAGAGGGUCACCCCCAUGCCUGGGGUGGCAGCGGAAAUAGCGGCACAUUGGAGACAACUUCCCACUCCCACAAGCUCCAGCUUUUCCCAGAAAAACUCCAACAUUCCCAGCCAGAGCCUGGAAAGCAUGACAGCAGACAUUACCUUCCCUGUGAUGGUGGCUGAAGUUUACGGAACAACCCACCUCCACCUCCUUGCAGAAAAGGAUAAGCAAGAUAUUGUUGAAACAAGCCAGAGGCACCAGGUCCACAUCUCUAUGCUGCAAAACAGGCUGACGGUGUCAGGAAAGAGAGAGGACGUCCUUUUUGUCGUCAUGCAAAUCAAAGACUCAGAGAGUCUGCAAAGAGCCAGAGAGAGGGAAAGCCAGAAGCGGGAGGAGAGAAGGAUAUGGCAGACUGUCCGCUGGGAGGUGGGCAGGUCAGAUGCCUGGGCAGGCCUGGAAAAACAAAUCAACUGUGAACUGGGGCUGGCUUUCCACAGAAAGGACAAGUACACUUACACUUACCAGAACGAAAAGGGGAGGUUCACGGUGGAUUUCGAGAAGAUGGAACAAACAGACAGCGGAGGGCAGAUUAGCAGAAUUAAGAGGACCCCUCUGUCUGACUCUGAAACAGCUAUCAUUACAACACCACCUACAUGGACCAAGAUGGAUGGAAAAGAUCUGGACAUCAUUCUACUCUUAGAAAACUCUAAUUUCAGAAAAUUUCUGAAGGAUUUGUGCAAUCCUUUGAGACUGAUGUUUGUAAAACCCCCUCAGAUCCAGAGAAUCCAGCACCAGGAGCAGUGGAGGAAGUAUGCAGUAAGCAAACAGGCAUUGGAUAAAAAAUAUCCAAAAAGUGAUAAUGAGCAGUUCCUCUACCAUGGAACAACCAAGGACAUCUGCCAGAAGAUCAACAAGAACGGUUUCAACCGCAGCUUCUGUGGCAGAAAUGCUACAACGUAUGGAUGUGGAACUUACUUUGCCAAAGAGGCGCACUACUCGUGCCAUGACCAGUACUCCACCCCCGAUGGGAACGGUCACAAGUACAUCUACAGAGCCCGCGUCCUCACUGGCAAGCCCUGCCUCGGACUGCAGGGCAUGAAGGCGCCGUCUCCUGUGGACCCCAACAAUCUCCAGGCGGGCCUGCAUGACUGUGCAGUGGACAAACUCCAGAACCCCUUCAUCUUUGUCAUUUUCUGUGACUCAGGCGCCUACCCUGAAUACCUCAUCACAUUCAAGACAGUGUGAUGGGGUGGGGGGGGGCAUCUACUUGGCCACCAAUUAAGAAUCAUUAAAGGCCCACGUGCAUCAGCUUUCUUUUCCUGGUUUUAGUAUCGCAAGGAGCAGUCACUUUUUUAAGUCCCUAACCCUGCCCUCAGAGUGCCCCAGACCCCAUGGGUCAGCUCUCUGUGUUAACAUUUAGCAACAUGAUCAAAUAAUACAAAAACAUGUCAUGUCACAUUGUUCUAUGAACAGCUCCAAAAAAAUGCAUUUUAACUCUGAAAUAUGCAUACUUCAACCAAGUUUUUUUCCCCCAACUUGAAUCAGUAUGGAACACAAAUGGAAAGCUCCAAGAUGAUACGAGAAACUCAAAAACAUGGCAACUACAAAAAGUGUGGGCCUUUAAUGAGCCAUUUUGUGCUUUAAACAGCCUUAAUUAACAUUUUAUAUUUUCUGAUAACAUGUAAAUAUAAUCUUUUUAUAUUAAUUAUAGAUAGAUCUGGAUAGAUAUAGAUGGAAAUUUCACUAGUGUGACAGAUUAUUUGUAUCAGGGUAAGAAGAAGUGUCCUUUAAAAAAACGUUAAAAAAACAAACAAAAAAAACAGUUUCACAUAUAUUCCUGUGAAAUGUGAGCUUUAAAUGAGUUUGAAUGUUAAUAAAAUUCUUAAGGAUGUCUUCAGAUUAAUUUA